UCCAGUAACACAGUUGAUGUUGAAUACUGUGAAUUAAAGUUUUGGUUGCAGUUAUUUGCAGAUGCAGGUAAUUUUGGACUUGGUAAUCUCAGCCAAUAUCUAAUUGUUACUGAAUGCAGAUUACCAGGCCAAGAUUACCAGGCCGUACUUACUAAAGUCCGAAGUUACAGCUGACCAUUAUUUACUGUUAAAAUUAUGCGUUCCCUUAUUUAUUUUCAUCAGCAUACAUAUAUUUACCUUGGUAAUUUUAUUCACAGCUAAAAACUAUUUGUACCUGAGGAACUGUAUUCAGUGAAUUCAAUUAUGUUUGUUGUAUAUUUGUAGAUGACUUCCAGAGUGUUCAGAUGAGAUGGAUGAAUACAGUUCACAGCUGCAUGACGUCUUUAUAAGCUGUGACACCUCGGGCUCGGGAUACCUUGGACCAGAAGAAAUCCAGGUCUUGUGCAGUAAACUACAGAUUGACAGUUAUUCAAGUCUGUUAGGGCAGAGACUCUUUGACGGACAACUAACUGAUAAGGUUGAUUUUGAGAAAUUUCAACAAGUGUUUUUAGAAGUUCUACAAUAUGUUCAAGAUCAGCAGCCAGAGGAACCAAAUCAGGCUUUUGGUGAAGUAACCCCAAAAUAUGUCAACAAAAACAAGAAGUAUGGACGACGUUCAAAACCUGAUUGUCUGUCAACAUUAAAUACUGGACUGGCAAUAAAUUCACCACAAGGUAGUGAAUCUCCGAAGCCUUCCAGAAUUCCAAGACAUGUUUCGCGGAUUAGCUCAAAGGGAGAUGAAUUCCAAGUUAAGAAGGCCAAGAAAGAAUAUUACGAUGACGAUGAUGAGACAUUUGAAGCAGAAGGUCAGUUGAGCACACCAGGUACAGAGACUCGCACACAGGCAGGAUCGGAACAGCUGGAAGAUGUCUGGACCAAACUGGGCUUCUCAAAAAACUCUUCCAUUGACAUCAGGCAGUUCGCAAAGUUUGCCGAAUAUGUUGACAUGGGAGAUAUGGAUGAUGAGAAACUCCAGCAUCUGUUUGACAAGCUUGACACGGAUCAUGAUGGACGACUAACCCUCCGAGAUUUCAUUGGUGGACAUCGCCGAAGCUCGCUCUUAAAACGGCCGUCUGGGAGGAUGUCUCAGUCUCCGCAACACAAUGCCCAAUGUACUCCGUCUGACAGUCGCAGGAUGACACCCAGGACCAUGGCAACAUCGAAGAAACUCUUCCCAUCUCCCGGCAGUGAGAAGAGAAACUCGUCAGUGCUGUCAAGCAAUGGAUUAAAUGGCAUCUUCUCCUGCAUUGAUCCCAAUGAAACUGGGUUUGCAAAUGUUGAUGAUGUUAUUGAUCUCUGGGAAUCAUUAAGCAUUCCAGAUGCCUCAACUUUACUACAGGACCUCGGCAUUACUCUGGGUGCGAGAGUGAAUCUUGAAGAGCUGACCUCUCUCAUCGACCAGGCUGUGUCUGACGCAGACAUUGAUGUCUACUGUCAGCUUGCUCUCCUAAUGUGUGAACAUGAGAUACAGUACAGGAGAUCGUUUUACAACAAAGUUAAGCAAGAACGAGACAAAUUUCAGCUUGAUUUGAGAGAGGCAAAUGCUAGGAAUGCUAUUCUAGCAAAGGAGUUUGAUGAUCGACAUGUCCAGAUGGAAAAAUCAACAGAAGCACAGCUCUUUGAGGUUAUCUGUGAAAUAAAGCACACUUAUCAGUCGAUAGAGCAAAAAUACCAAGAACAGAUUGCCAAGCUCCAGCAACAUUUAGAUGCCGCGAUGGAGGAACAGACAUUUGAAUCAGAGAAAUUUGACUCGACACUGUCACAGUUUAAAGAUGAGGAGUUGAAACUAAAGGAACAAUUGGUCCACUUUCAGAAGGAGGUGGGCAAACUGGAGGCAGAGGUGACAGAUUUAUCUGAAAAACUGUCACAAGCGGAGAGUGAGAGGAUGAAUCUCUUAAAAGAUCUUGAACAUAUGGAACACUUACAGAAAAAACAACCUGACUAUGACCGUGAGGAGUUAGAAAAUUCAAUAAGAGUUCUGCAGGAGAAACUGGAUAGGCUGCUGGAAGAAAACAAGAAUCUGAAAGACAAAAACGACGAGCUGAUUGGUGAACUGGAGGUUGCCAAGCAACAGAGCAUGAUGAGGAAGCCGAGAAGAAGUCUUCCGUCCACUGCGAUGUCUAUGAUCCCAGUGCGGGAUGGCAUGUCUCUGUCUGAAUACUUCACAAAGAGGAGAAAUUCUCUCACAUCUAUUACGUCUAAUGAUGCUUUCGAGGUUGAUGAAGAUGAGCAGAAUUUUCUCAACAGACACAAAAACAGACAGCAAUUCAUGGACACACCCUCUCAAAGUUUUGACGAUGACAGUGGCAGUGAACCACAAAGCCUGUCAAACUCAAUGAAAAUUUCAUUGCUGGAGAAUGAUGAGAAAGAACGAGAACACUUGUUCCGAGUUGAGAUAGCGGUGUUAGAGGAACAACACUGUCGCGAGAAGCAGGAGUUACGCCAACAGUUUGAAGCUGAAAAGGCUCGACUCUGUGAAAAGCUGGAACAUGAAAAGCAAGAUGCUUUAGCUGAACUGCAGAAAGAGCUCCAAACAGCUUUUGUGAUGGAAAAGCAGGAUCUUCUGGAACGAUACGAGACAGAGAAAAAUUUAAUUCUUCACAAUAUGGCCACAUUGAAAGAAAAACCAGAUGAGAGUAUUCAAGACAGAAUUGUUGAACUAGAAGAAGAAAACCGACAGAAACUCCAGUCGUUGCAGACUGAGCUGGAGGACAGGCAGACUGUUAUAGAAAGUCUGGAGAGAAGCCUGGCUGAUCUAAGACUACGCUUUAAACUACAAGAAGAAGAGCUUCAACAAGAAUGCGACAGACAACUUGACGAGAAAGACGAACAGAUGAAACUAAAGAUAAAACAACUUGAAGCUCAACAUGCACUCCAGAUAAUGGACUAUGAGGAUAUGUUGAAUGGGGGUUUUGAUGCACUGAGAGGAAAAUUACGUGAAGACUUCCUGACUCUUUUGAAGGAGGAGACCGACAGUGCUGUUGCAGUUCACCAGGUGAACAUGCGUAACGAGAUGGAAGCGCUCCAGCUGAGACUGGAGAGUGAGUACUCGGCCAAGGUGGCUGCCAUUCAGAGACAGCAGGAAGAGUUGGAGGUAGAGCGGAUGGCCAUGUUGAGACAGCUGCAGCACGACAUAGAUAGUCUGGAGUCUCAGAGGACCAACAUGCUGAAACAACAGCGCCACACUGAUCUUCUGGAAGUGGAGAGAGCCAACAUGUUGGAAAAUAGCUUCGACGACGAGAGAUCGGCCAUUUGUGAUAGACACAAUGAGGAGAUUAAGAGAAUGAAACAAGAAUUGGUUGACGAGUUUGAUAAAGAACGCACAGCGUUAAUGCAGAAUUAUGAAGACCGGAUAGCUCAAAUGAGAGAACAGCUGGGAGACUUGAGAGCAUGUGUUGAUGCCGAAAGAAGUCAACACAGUGAACAGCUUGCCAGGCAGCACGAGAGCAUUGAGCGGGAGUUGACUCAACAGAUACGCAGAGCUCUCAUGGAUGAGCUGCAAAAUGCAUUUGAAGAGGAAAACCGUCAACUAGAACGCAAGAUUGAAGUUCUUCAGGCUGAGAUAUCGGAACUGAAAUCUGUUAUAGAGAACAAAGAUAAAACUAUUAUUGAGCUGAGAGAGAAACUGUCAGAAAUAGAUUCCCAGAGGCAGCAAUUGGAAAUAGAGGCUGAAUCAUGUAAGAAUGACACACUUUUACUGAGCCCAACAGAUGAGCUACUUUUAGAGAAAGAGCAGCUAGAAAAGUGUAACUGUGACAUGGAACGAGAAAUAGACAGCUUAGUAUUGGAGAGGGAGGAAUUUCUAAAGUGUAGAACUGACAUGCAGCUUAAAAUGGACAAAUUAGUUUCAGAGAAGGAAGAAUUAGUACAGUGCAGGACAGACAUGCAGAAUGAACUAGACAAACUUGUUUCAGAGAAGGACGAAUUGGAGCAGUGUAAAAGAGACAUGCAGUGUGAAAUAGACAACUUGAUGUCAGAAAAAGAAAUAUUAAUACAGUGUAGGACAGACUUGCAGACUGAAAUCGAAGAAUUUGUGUCCGAGAAAAAGGUGUUUGAAGAAGAAAAAACUGAAAUGCAAAGUGAAAUAAAUUGGUUGAAAUCAGAAAAACCACAUUCUACGCCUUUUGAACAGCAAAGCUUGCUGGCUGAUAAUGAACGUUUAAAAUGCAGACUGCAGCAAACACUACAACAAAUGGAAGAGCUUUCAAGGAAUAUGGAACAGAAAAAUGGAAUUCUCCAAACUCAGCUGUGUGACUUACAGAAAAACCAGCUUGACUUGUCUAAACUGAAGGAGGAGAACUAUGACCUUCAGCUCCAGCUCGAGUCACUGCAGACACAAUUAAAUGACUCUGGUCUUAUGAAACACCAAAAAGAAAAGGAUAAGAGAGGCGUAGUGCUGGAGCGGAAUAUCACUCUGAAGAGGCUGUUACAGGAGACAACAGAUAAGCUGUUGACCGUCAUAUCUGCACUUGCUUCAUCUCAGUCGAAGCACAUGAGGGAAAUAGAAGAAUGGAAGAAAAAGACUAAGGACGUUUCUCAUGUGGAGAAUUUCACGAAGCAUCAGAUGGGUUUAGCCGAACAGCAGCAUCAGCUAAUGGACCUGCAGGCGCUCUCCAUAGAGAAUACCGAUGUCAUGCACAGAGUGCUGUUCGAAACUGAAGAGCGUCAUCGGAAUAAGAUUCUUCUGCUGGAGGCUGAAAGGAAUCGGCUAAAAAUGGAGCUGCAGUCCACUCGAAGUCAGCUCAGUGACAACUGUGAAAAAAUGAAAAAUAUUUUUGAGGUCUGUGCAGAAAAGACUCUCAUGAUUAAAAAAGUGAUGGUGGAAAAUUCCGACCUCGUGAAACGUCUUCAAGUUACGGAACAGAGGCAGAAGGAAGCAGAGAGGAAAUAUAUUGACUUAUCAAAAACCAACGCUACACUGAAAAGAAUUCUAAAACAAGUUUAUCAAGCCUGUCCAUAAAUGUUUCCCUUUACUCUGUUAGCAGUUCUGUGAACAUACAUGUUUAAAAAAUUGGCAUGGUCAUAGGUAUUACAAGCAGGGUGUGUGUGUAUGUGGGGGGAACAUUGCCGAACCCAUCUUUGAAACGGAGGUGGUCAGAAUAUGUGUUGGCACACCAGUUGAAAGGUGAACUAAUAACUGCCUCCCCUCCCUCACUAGUAAAUGACAGGAUAUUUUAUAAUGGUGAAUAUCAGAUAUAUGUUUUACCUAUAACAAUUUUGAAAUGUUUUUGCCACAGGCAAAAUGCUCACUGACAGCAAUUUUAAGUCUGCCUACAGGAAUUUUAAACCAGUAACCUUUGUAACAGUAUAAAAACCAAAAGGUAUUCUUUCAAAUGAAGGCAGUAAUGUUUAUUUAAUGGCAAAAGUCGGCCAUCAGUAACAUUUCUGACCCGUGGAAAGUCAUCGCAAUGAUGGAAAUUGCCAUUAGUGCCGUCAUUAAAUUCGAGCCCUGGACUUGUCUAUAAAGACCAUUGGCUAUACCUAUUUGAUUUUAAAGCUAACCUGUGUCAAGUGUCCACCAAAAGAAGUAUAAGAAAAUGACAUCUUAACCACAGGUGACUGCUUAAUUCAGGUCAUUCUGUACUAUACUAGGUGAUUUAGGAAACUAAUAUGCGGCCUCUUAAGAUAAGUGGUUGCUUAAUAUAGGUGGCCAGAGAAAGCAGGUUUGAUUGAAAUAUUACACAUAUUUGAUGAAUAAUUUCAUGGCAUUUGUCUGUUGAUUGAUGGUGUUUGAACACCAGUACCGGCUUUUACUGAAUGUCUCUUUAAAGAAUUGUUUGAAAUGUUCUGAAAAAAAGUUAGAUUGGAAACUGGAAUUAUCAUGGUGCUAAUUCUUUUGAGGAUUUUUUAACAUAUAUUUUUUAUUUAACCCCUUCUUUAUUCUCUAUCCCAGUGUGGUAUUUUUGGUUCCUUUUGUAGAUAUUUUCCAUAUGAGAGGUUUUAUUUUUAUGUAAACUUUCAAAACUUUCCUUGAUUCAGCAGUUUAUAUUUCUAUAGUUUACAAAGAUAUGAUUUUUUUAUCUUUAAGGAAAACGUAGAUGUUUUUUUUUUUUUAUUGCUUCUUUAUUUAUAAGGCAACAGGCUUCUUUUAUCUUUGACAUGUAUUUCGUAAAACGAAAAGGCAAUUUACUCUUGAGUUUUUUUGUGGGUUGUAUUUUUACAACUUGCACUUUAGUGCUACAUCAUUCCAUAAGUGUAUUUUGUCCAAGAAUUUAUAAAAAAAUUAUUCUUAGUUGAGAAAUACAUUUGUGCUUUUUGAUACGUAUAUAAUGCUUGGAAGGAUGACGCUAUCAGUUAUUCCAGUAAAAUUUUCUUUCUUUUGUUAAAAAUUCCUCUCUUUUUGUUGUGUUAUUAUUUUAAGGUUAUGCUAAUUCUUCAUGCUCGCAUCUUAAAAAAUACUUUCUGUUCUAAUGUAUUCCAUAUUUUUCUUUUUCAAAUAAAGAAUAAUAUUUUCAAUAUUGUAAAUUGUAGGCAUGUUCAUGAGCUGGCCCAUAUGGGUGGGUGUGUAUGUGGAUAGAUAUAUGUAAUAGAGCUUUUUGAGUGAUCACAUAUGGAGGGGAUUAGUAGGAAAAAUCUCAAGGCGUGUUUUACAAACAUUAUUAUAUUUAUUAUAGAAUAAUCCAGGUCUUAUUUGGAUUAAAUGUUUCCAAAAGGACUGUAGGGUGGGAUGUAGGUGGAUAUGGGGGUACUGUUCAAAAACACUGCUACAUUUUAAACAAUAUGAAUGUUAAUGUGCCACAUUGAUGGUUCCUACCUUUAGCUUAUUAUUAAGUAUUAAGUGUAAAGUUUGCAGAGUUCUUACUAUAUUAUUUGUACAUAUAUUACUGUUAGCUAGCCUGUCAAAUAUAAGCUAUAUUAAGUGUCUAGAUAUUACUGUCAGCUGGGAUGUCAAAUACACUGUAUUGUUAUAUUAGUUGUACAGAUAUUAAUGUUACCUAGCCUGUCAAAUACACUGUAUUAAGUUAUAUUAGUUGUCCAGAUAUUACUGUUACCUAGUGAGUCAAUUAUUCAGUUGUACAGAUAUUACUGUUAGCUAGUGGGUCAGUUAUUCAGUUGUAUUAGUUGUACAUAUGGUACUUACUGUUAACUAGUGUGACAAAUAUUAAGUGUACAGCUCUAAGGGUGUAAAUUGAGUUGUAUUAAGUGUAUGGUAUAUAGGUAGUUAAUACUGUUAGGCAGGGUAUCAAAUAUUAAGUGUACAGUUCUUACGGUGUCAAAUAUUCAGUUAUAUUAGGUGUACAGAUAGUUUUUACUAUUAUCUAGUGUGGCAAACAAUAAGUUAAGUUAAUACUGAUAGGCAGGAUAUCAAAUAUUAAGUGUACAGUUUUACAGUGUCAAACGUUAAGUUGUAUUAGGUGUUCAGAUAGUUUUAUCUAGCAAAUACAUAUAUUAGGUUAUAUUAGAUGUACAUAUAUAACUGUUAGAUAGCCUGUCAAAUAUUAGGUGUAGAUACAUUUAGGUAUUGCUGUUAGCUAGGGCGUCAAAUAUUAAGUUGUAUUAGGUGUGUACAGAUAGUAGUUUCUAUUAACUAAAGUGUUAAAUAUUAAGUUCUCUCUUCCUUCUGUUUCACUUUGUUAGUUAAUUUGGAACAAGUUAUAAUUACAUGUGUUAUGUUUUGUCAUAUUAUAUGUAAACUAUUCAUAUUGUUAAAUGUCGUGAGAGGCCAUAAUAUAGGCUAAUGCUUGUUGGCCAAUUCUUACAGUACUGUCAGCUAGGGUAUUAUGUAUUAAGUUGUACACAUCUUAGGAAUGUCAGUUGUGUUUUUAUGAUGUCUGAAAUGUCUAGACACUGAACACAAUGUUUUUACUUUGUCACCAAGUGAUAAUCAAAGAAUAUAAAACAGAUAUAAUUACUCUUGUAUUGUACAGUUAAGUGAUUGACUAUCACUAGUCAAUUUAUUGUUUACCAUGCAUAAAUAUAAUUGGUUCAUAAUAACUAAUAUUGUCCGUCCACCCAUUGUAGUUUGGUAAUAGUUGUCAUGUCAUUAGUAUAUUACAUCUAUUUGUAUGUUGUGCAGUAUUAUGACUGAUUGUUACCCAUCAGGUUUUAGUGUACCAUGUAUUAAUAUCACUAGUUCAUAAUAGUAAGAAUUUUUCCAUCCAUCUAAUACAGUCUAGUAAUAGUUAUGGUGUCAUUACUGGUACAGGUACAUAGUAAUUGUUUUUGCUUUCAUAUUUUAGGAGUCACAAUAUUAACAUCAUGUAAAAACAAAAUGAAAAAGAUAUUCCUUUUUACCGUUGGCAUUAAAAUGAAAUAAAUGAUUUAUGUAGAUUAAACAGAAUGAAUGAAUGUUUAACAACACCCCAGCCCGAAAAUACAUACAUUGGCUAUUGGGUGUCAGACUAAGGUAAAUGUGAAAAUGAAGUGAUGAUCAACAUCAAUAUAAAAUUCAAGAGUUAAAUUAAAAAAACAAAAUGUCAAGAACUGUGUAGAAAAUACCAAUAUCACAGAUGGGCAAAAUUAAAAUUUAGAAGAGAGAAUCAUUUGUGGAGGGAAAAACUUGACUGCUUAUGAUAGGUGACCAAUUGUGUACAGUGUGUGUGUGUCAUAACUCUUCUUCAUAUGAGUUGUCUUGAAACAUUUUAUCUGUUAUUUGCUCUUACAGGCUCUCCAUAAGUGCUUCAUCAUUUGUCACUUUUAAUUUGUAGCCAGUUUAAUACAAUCAUGUAUGAAGAUGAAUCUCACAGGGGUUUGGAAAUGUUGACAUUCCAUGUGUGGUAAACCAUAUAUAGUUUAUGUUCAUCAGACAUUUCUGGUUUGGUUUGUGCAUUCCUGAUACGGUUUGCUGUGAAUAGUUAAAGUGGCAUAUACAGUGAAACCUCUCAAGACCGGACCCUCUUUAAACCGGAAUUCUCUCAAAACAGGACAUUUUACAGUCCCUUUUGAAAAACCAGUACCGAACUAACAUCUCUAAACCAGAUCCCUCUGAAUAUGGGACAUUUUUAUUGGUCCCCAGGGUUUCACUGUAUAUGUGUCUUAUUUGUCUUUCGUUACUCACUGGUACUUUAAUACAUGUAUUCUCAGAAACUGUAUACAUAUAUUAAUAAAUGUUUAAAACAUC